AUGAAAGCAGCUGGUACCCUCACGCUGACGCCAGUACAGCGGAUGAGAAAUGCAAAUCUUCGGGUGUUUCGAAUAGGAUUGGCUGCAGUCUCCACUGCAGCAGUCGCAUCUGGUCUUGGUUAUUUUUAUUUGUAUGCCAAGCCGAAGUAUCUCAAAUAUAAGAAGUAUUUGGAAAGUAACGCUGUAAUGACAUCUAGAUACGUCACAUUUGGACGUAUGAGCAAGAUGCAACCUUCUAAACGACUUUACAGCGUUAACUGCAGAAAACUGUUGGUUAGGACAGCAAGGAUGUUGAGAAACGAGGCAAUAACGGAACGUCGCUGUCUGGAACUUAAAGUUAUCAUUAGAAUCACCAAAAGACUGAUGACUGCGAGUUACGUGUGUCGGGAUGCUGAUUUAAGAGUUUGGCUAAAUUUCGAUACUCAUUUUAAUGAAUGUAGUGUCCGAAAAACGGGUGAAGCUGGCGAUGAACUGGCCUAUGCUGAUCCUUCAGAAAGAUGCUUUAUUUAUAUUUUUGGUCUAUCGACAGUUGAAGUAGCAGUAGCAGUAGCAGUAGUAGUUACAAGCAGAACUAUUAUUAUAGAUGAAAUCAGAAGCUUAAGCAUGUUUUACAUCUUUGGUGCCACUUUGAUGCUUUUUCCCGGCAGUACCACUUUGUACGACGUAUAUAAAAUGAAUCAGGACGCAAUGAAGCGGUGGAUGGAAAUUUGUGAGAGCGAUCCAAGUAUUAUGCAUACGUGUCCAGAAACCAGAGAAAAAAGACGUGGUCUUAUUGAACUUUGUUAUUUGGAAGUAAAAUUUGGCAGUAUCCUUCAAUAUCCAGCAAUUAAACGAGUAUACAGCGUCACCAGACAGAACCGGUCAGGGAACGCUUGGUCUCCAUUCUAUCAACGAAUGUUCAAGAGUGGGAAGUCCAAAGUUUCUACUGAUCUUAGUGAGCCAGCAUCUGAGUCAGACCUUGAUGUUUGUCCUCUCAAAACUGUGUUCACGAAGAAAGGGCAUGAAUUUCCGUAA